AUGCAACUUGCCGUUAUUGGAUAAAGCCGAGCUAAAAGCCACGACGUCGUUGCCAGAAAGAGGGCCAGAAAAUGCUAGACUUAAUGUUAUGUAUUUGCUUCAGGUGGAUGCUAAAGAGUAACUGGCCAAGCCUCUUGGAUUGUCACUUUUAAAUGAAAUACGACACCAAAUAGAUGCUCUUUUAAACUAACGGAAACCGUUUUUAAUGCCAAUACUAUAAAACAAUUAUAAAGUUAUCAUGUCCCAUACCAGUAUUCGCUGGGCUUUUAACUGGGCCAGCUGGCAGCCAACGGAGAAAGAGCUCUUACACGCGAUCUCCUGCCUUCAGUUAGAGGAAAAGGAAAGAAUAGGCAGAUUUGUAUUUCGGAAAGAUGCAAGAGCAUCGCUAAUCGGCAGAUUACUCAUGCGAAAAUUUGUCAACAAAUAUACCGAUAUCCCUUACAAUGAAAUCAUAUUUACAAGAGACCCGAAUGCAAAACCUAUAUUAAAAUAUCCACAGACUCCAAUAAAUUUUAAUGUUUCGCAUCAGGGGUCUUACACCGUACUUGCAGGAGAAGUUAGGAACGUAAAAUUAGGUGUAGAUGUUAUGAAGCUGGAGUACAGUGGUGGAAAGAAUUUAUCGGAAUUUUUCCGAAUCAUGAAUAGAAAUUUUUCAGUUUCCGAGUGGUUAGAAAUUAAAGGGUCUCCAUUAAAACCUCCGAUUGAGCAAGUAGCCAUGUUUUGCAGACAUUGGUCUUUGAAAGAAAGUUUCGUCAAAGCUCUUGGUACAGGGAUUACGGUCGAUCUAAAAAGAAUCGACUUCAAGACCAAUUCACAGUUAACUCAGGAUAGAAUAGUUAUCGAUACAGAAUUGUAUUUAGAUGGUAUUAAACAGAAUUGGCUUUUUGAGGAAACUCUAUUAGAUACCGAACAUUGCGUGUCCGUGGCACUGCAAGAGAACGGAGUAGCUCCUCCCUCGAGUAAUAGAUUAUUCCAAAAACUUGAUUUCAACGAACUUAUAGCCGACAGUAUUCCUCUCUUCUCCAACGAUUUGGAAUUCUGUAGGAUGUAUUUUAUAAAACGGGAACAACCUUAAUCCUGGUUGAACUACAUGGUUUUUUUUACAUUUUUUUUUUAUUACUAUUUAAUACGAAUUCAUUCAUUGGAAUUGUAUGUUAAGUCAGUGGGCAAAUAAAUAAGUUAUAAAAAUGGUUAAACUAUCUAGCAAUUUUCUUUUACAUAUAAAGCACCGUAGUGAAAUGUACGACGUUAUGUCUAGACAAUAGAUGUAGAAUUAUUCUUUCUAUUCUACCGGCUAGACGUUAGCUUGAUCGAGACAAAUUAGUCUUAUCUAUAAAUAGUAGGUAAUUGUUUCUACGAAACGUGUAAGAAUGUUAUUGCUAUGGAAACUUUAUCGAUCGAUGCCAAGACUGAGAGACCGUACCGGUGUUCGCAAUGAACUGUAAUCUCAUCAUAGCAUUAGCCUAUUUAGCGGAUGCUUGUUAAACCUAAACGUCGACCUCGUCCGUGGUCGGUUUCGUUCCUUUAACUCCUAGCGAGGAAUCUGAUUGUAGGACGAACGAUGGAUCUUGGAGCGAAAUACAGAAGCAUGGUCAUUAAAUUAA